UAAUAGAUUUUGAUUUUAUCGUCUGCUAGAUAUAGAUAUACUAGAUCUAUCUACAUAGACGUCAUAGUCAUAGAAUGAUGUAAAUUUGAGAAUGGCGUUUUCAACAAAGAAAGUGGACAUAAACAGUCGAAGGAUUAUCGGAUUUCACUGUGCACGUGUAAUCUUACUAGACGUGACUGCUCCAUUUGAGAAACAAGCUGGGAUCUCGUUGACCGACGCUCUAGAAAACGUACUGUGCAUCUGUGGAAAGAUGGAAGGUCCUUCUCGCAUACCCCUGAUUUCUAUAUAUUUACUGAAAUCAAAACCACAACAAAUCUUGCCAUUUUCUUGUACCAAAAGCAAUUUCGUCAAUCUACACGGAGCUUUGACAGAGCUGAGAACAUUUCUUCAUGAAUCACUGGCAGAUUUUCAACUUAAAAAUGAAGAGUCAUGUCUACAACAGGGCUUAACAGAAGCCUGCUCUGACUAUAAACGAUAUUUGGAGGGUUUUCCACAGGCUCCUCACAAUUUUAGCAAGCUGGAAAUGAUUGUUUUCACUGGACAUAGUGGUCAACAUGUUCAAAGUCAAUUUGAAGCUGCAUCACAACAACUCAAUAUCUCUGUUGUAAAACGUGUGGUCAGUGCCACCAUCAGAUCCAGUUUAAUAACUCACACCAUGAUGGGGGGCAGUCCCGGGGUUCCUUCAAGUGAAGACACUACUGGCCUGGUCGAUGUUAUUCUUCUUGACUGUGAUCCCUACUCGCUUCAGAACUUUUUCUAUCUUUGGUUGAAUGAGACUUCUAAAGACUCGGAACACAUCCAGCUUUUGUUACCGCCACCUUCACCAGCUGAUAGUGAACUCAUCAUUAAAUGUGAUUUGCUGGAACAAAUGCUGAGUCCUUACCAGUUACCUUUUUGUGAAGCCUUUGACCUGCAUACAGAAUCAGUGUCUUGUAAACACGUCUACCCAACAGCCAGCAAGGCGGUCUCUAUGACUGUACCUGUCAAACAUCUGAAGGCAGUCGGCUGUAUACCUCUAAGCAAGCUGUGUGACUCGGCUGUAUUUGGACUGUCUCUAAUAGUUUUACCUACAUCUUGUUGGAAACUUGAUUGGGAGGAGAUAGAAAGAAAUCACAGCCACUAUACAUGUUUGUGUAACGAACUGCUUACAAAGGAUGUAGCACUAUUGACCAAACUAGUUUACCCUAGCGUUGGUUCCCAACCCAAGGAAUGGUCUUCCAGUAGGACGUCUCAAGCCAUCAAACCUAGUGGCUAUUUCGUUUUAAUGCCUUCUGAAAACAGGUACAAGACGUUUGAACUUCAGUUUCAAUUUAAAGUUGAAAGUAUACUGGUGAAAAGUGUGAUAUCCAGAGAGUUGCUCAUUCCUUUUAUUGCUGCACCAAGUGAGGAGAAACUAGAUGAAGUAGCCAAGAUGAGAGUUCAGUCGUCACUGUCUAUGGUAAAUAAGUGGAUACUUGGAGACACAGGUUAUGCUGAGAGUUCAGUCGUUUCUGUCUUUGGUGGAAACUAUAGAAGACUUCAACCCACUGUACUACGAGUCCGGGUUAUGGGAUGCUCUCAAACAUAUCAGUCUCCCAAAGUCAGCAGUGGAUAGAGCGCUGAUCAAUAGAAAGAAAGCUGUGCUGCUUCAAAAUAAACCCAAUUCUUGGGUUCAAGCUUUCAACCCACCAGCUUCCAAGAGUUCAAAAUAAACAAAACUUGAAAUGUUCAAAAUAAACAUUUAAAUAUAAGUCUGUGUUUUUCAUUGUUCAAUAAAUAAAAUGGAU